CACACGCUUUGUUGUGCGCUCACACCCCGCCCCCCACCCUGCCACUCGGCCCGCAGCCAUUGAGGACAGGCUGCUGCUUGUCCACACGAAGCAGUUGAAGCGAUUAAACCAACCGAAAGAGCAAUUGAGGAUAGCCGUAGAUAUCUUUUUUUUUUUCUUACAAUGCAUGGUUCCCUCCUUCCCUUUCUCACCUUCUCCGCAGGAGUCAGCCAGCAAGAAGGCCCAGCUGGCCUCGCCCGAAUGGGACAACGCUCUGCUCUACUCCCUCACAGAGUCCUUGGGAAGCUUUAACAAGCCCGCCACGACUCAUCGAUUGAACGUGAAGACCCAUGUCUUCAAGAAGGAGCUUCAGGAGUACGUUCCUACCCAGAUUGAGGACCGACUUCGUAUCGAGACCAUCAUCUACGUGGAACUCUCGAUAGUCGACCAGAACAACGCUCUUGUGAAUGCUUACGACUAUGCUCGUCUGCCCAAGGAUUUGUUCUUCUCUCAACCCGACAAGGUCAUGUCGCCCGAGGAGAUGGGGACUAAGCGCAUAGUCGAUAUCUCUGCCACUCUUCAGUGUCCUUCUAAUGGCUGGCAGGAGGAGAAGGAGGCCUGUUUGCGUUGUGCUCGUCGGAUGUCCACCAAGCUGGAUCAGACCGAGACAAGAAUCAUGCACAUGCUACCGGAAUUACACCGCACGGACAACGGCGACGCGUUGAUCAGCUUCAGAUCCGGCGUCGCCAACAUCCAAUUCAAGAUCAACUGCUACUGCGGCCACAAGAAGGAGAAGGAGGGGUUCGUGAUCCGCUUCGACUCGCAGUCGGAUGUCUCCAUCGCUUCCCAUGUCACUCUGCCCUUGAUGUUCUACCACCAGAACAAAAACCGAGUCGCCUCGCGUGCCCUCGCUGCCGCCGCGAAAGCCCAAGCCAAGUCUGGCCAGCAACAACCCGAGCAAGGGUCUGCCACACGCAACAUCGUAAAGUCUGUCACAUCCAAGACGAAGCGCGAGUCGAGGAGUAAACCUGGGCAUAGUCCCACAGGGAACCAGCAGCAUCACAUACCCUCUCCUCCGAGCUCUUUACUGGACUCUCCCAUCGAAUGGUCUUCAAGCCCCGAGAUGGAGGACUUUAUCGACAGCUCCGACAUUCCCUUCACGGUGCCUUCGCCUCCACCCCCAGACCCGCUCAUAUCCUUGUUCCCCGAGUCUGCCGCUCAGGAGCAGCAGCAAGCACAGCAGCCGACUAUCGCUCUGAUUAGCCACAUGACACCUAACAGCGGUUCCGUCCGCGGCGGUACCUUGGUCACCAUCCACGGUACUGGCUUCACUGUCGGCGAGGUCAUGUACGUAUGCUUUGGCGAGAACAUGGUUCCAAUCAUUCCUCAGCGCGACCACAUGCUCGAGCUCAUCACUCCUGCUGCGAACAAGGCCGAGACCGUGCCCGUCUUUGCCAUGAACCCUGUUGAGUCGAUCGUUGCCCAGGCGACCUUUACCUAUGUCGACGACAACGAGAAGGAGCUCAUCAAGCUUGCUCUCCAGCGCAUGAUGAGCAUUUCUGCGCGCAUGGAGGGUCCUCUGGACAAUGUCCUCAGCCGCGCCAAUGAAUUUGCCCUCUGGAACGAUCUCUUGGAGGGCGGUGUCGACAGCUCGUCAGUCUCGUCUCAGUCGUACACGAACCUCGAGAAGAUGGUCCUUGAGUCCUUCAAGAUCUUGGAUACGCCCACCAUCAAGAACUUUGAGAGUCUCUCGAUCGCCAACGCUACGGGUCAUACCAUGCUCCAUCUCGCUGUCUGGCUUCAGCUCGAAGCCCUCGCCACAGAUCUCUUGGCUCGUCAUAUUGAAACAACUGUCCAAGACAAGAACGGACUCACCGCUCUGGAUUGGGCCCAUCGUUUGAACAACCAGGCCAUGGUUGACUUGCUCUUGGGCUCUGUUGUCUCCGCUCCCGUCUCUGUUGUUGCUGGCGGCAAGCUUGCUUUGACUGCCGAGUGCGAUGAGGCUGCCCAUGGUUUCCGGUCGUCGGUUAGUCCUGGCUCCCGACCUACCGCCACCGAUCAGCCAAAUGUGGACCCCGGCCACGGCGGCGUAACUGAUCAAGCGGUCAUUCCACUGAGCCAUCCUGUUGGCAAGGACCUCACCUUGGAUCUAGGCCACGACGGCCCUCACAUGGAUGUCGAGUGGGAGGGCUUCGGUCAAGGACCAGGAAAGGAUGUUGUAGUACAGGGCGGAGUCGUCGAUGGAUUCUUCGAGACACAGCAUGAUCAGGACUUUUUUAUGCAACAGGCUCGGAAGGACUCGUCGGGACUCCUCGGAGAGAUGGUCGUCGACCAUGACGGACAACGCCUCGUUAUCCAUCAACAGCAGCCCCAGCGGGAUUCAUCGCCUUAUCUCAAGACUUGGUCAGCGAUCCCCGCCAUCGCCAGCUCUUCAGAUGAAUCAGCGGCGCUCGCCCCCGUUCAAGACGCCCACUCUCCCACACCACACUGUUACAUCCCCCUAGGUGACGACAGAGUGGGUCAGGCAGGUAUCAUAGCGGACAGCGUUGAAAUGCGAAUCCCUUUAGAGAACCUCGCCACCGCAACCUGCCCUAUAGGCGGCCUCAGCACAAUCAGGCUACCUGUAGGAGGUCUUGACCACAUUGCCCCUGAAGGUCAAGGCGUGGUUGCCAUGCAAGGGUGCACAGGAAGGACGAGUGUCGCCCCAGUUGACGUUGUCCUUUCCUCCCGGACUGAGAACGCGGGUCAAGACAUGUUGGGCGUCCAAGGAAGCGGUAGUAUACAGCGCAUCCAAGGCACUGCACGUAUAGACGGCCACGUUCAAGAGGCUCGGGCGCCGACAGUUGUUGUCGGCGAGGUCGGUCCAUUGCCGCACCAGCACCAGGCUCAGCCUUCAAGACAACUUUACUCGAUUGAGCACGCAGUCCAGCACUUUGAACAGGUGCAGUCUGAGAACCCAGUUCUGACAGCUCAAGAGAGCGAAGUUGUUGUUCGGGCCGAGGAGGUCGCAGUUGUUGAGGCCGACAGCAGCGAGGGCGGGUCGCAUAACUCCGCCGCUGAGCAGGCUGUAGUUCAGAGCAGCCGAAACGAUGUUGAGUCUGAACCACUGUUGUUCCUGGGAGGGCUGCCCGUGACUUUGUCGCCGCGCCCUGUCCGUACGGUGGCCAGUAGGAAUGGAAGUAAUGAUGCGACGCAACAGCAACAGCAGCAGCAAGGAUCAUCGGGAUCUGAGGACGAGGUUGACAAUUCUGUGAAGCAUUAAGUCUUUUAUUAGGACUCGAUGUGAUGGACAAGUGUCGUUGUUUUUCCACUAUGUAAAACUAUACCCCCGGAACGAAGAUCCGAUCCCUUGGCAAGAUGAGAAGAAGCUGCGGCUGGUCCCGCCUGUAUAUUAUUUGAUUUGCAUUCGAGUUGUAUCUGUUUAAUCUGUCUAAUCUGUUUAAUCUGUUUAAUAAAGGUUGCGUUUGUAAUUGCA